GUCUUCGCUCACGUUGUCCCUCGUCUGAAGUCACCGGAGGUCUUUCAUCACGUCUUCGAAGUUUUCGAUCAUCGCCAGGGAAGAUCAUGGAGUAGAGAUUUCGGUUUUCGCCUGAGAAUUUUGAGAUUAGAUCUUUUAUUAUUUGUGUGGAUUGUUGAAGAUGAGUGUGGUGGGAUUCGACGUUGGGAACGAGAACUGUGUCAUCGCUGUUGCGAAGCAACGCGGGAUCGAUGUUUUGUUGAACGAUGAAUCCAACAGAGAGAAUCCAGCUAUGGUGUCCUUUGGUGAGAAGCAGAGGUUCAUGGGAGCUGCUGCUGCUGCCUCUGCUACAAUGCAUCCCAAAUCCACAAUCUCUCAGCUGAAGAGAUUGAUCGGAAGGAAGUUUAAGGAGCCUGAUGUUCAGAAGGAUCUGAAGAUGUUCCCAUUCGAAACUUGCGAAGAUGCUGCUGAUGGUGGGAUUCAGAUUCAGCUUCGGUACAUGGGUGAGAUGCAGAGGUUUAGUCCGGUUCAGAUUUUAGGGAUGUUGCUUUCGCAUUUGAAGCUGGUUGCAGAGAAGAGUCUCAAGACUCCUGUUUUUGACUGUGUCAUUGGGAUUCCUUCUUACUUUACUAACGCGCAAAGGCUUGCUUAUUUGGAUGCUGCGGCAAUUGCUGGCUUGAGGCCGUUGAGGUUGAUGCAUGAUUGUACCGCUACUGCGCUUGGAUAUGGUAUUUAUAAGACGGACUUGGCGGCUAACUCGACUCCUACUUGCAUUGUGUUUGUGGACAUUGGUCACUGCGAUACGCAAGUUUGUGUGGCGUCGUUUGGGUCUGGCAGCAUGAGAGUGCUUUCUCAUGCUUCUGAUAGAAACUUGGGCGGGAGAGAUUUUGAUGAGGUUUUGUUCAACUACUUUGCUGUUGAGUUCAAGGAGAAAUACAGCAUUGAUGUAUAUGCAAAUACCAAGGCGUGUGUUAGGUUAAGGGCGUCGUGUGAGAAAGUGAAGAAGGUCUUGAGCGCAAAUGCUGAGGCUCCGCUGAAUAUAGAAUGUCUUAUGGAGGAGAAGGAUGUGAAGAGCUUCAUUAAGAGAGAAGAGUUUGAGAAGUUGUCAUCAGGGUUGUUGGAGAGAUUAAUUGUUCCGUGUCAAAAGGCUUUGGCUGACUCUGGUCUAAGUUUGGAUCAGAUUCAUUCUGUGGAGCUAGUUGGUUCAGGAUCCAGAAUCCCAGCUAUAUCUAAGAUGCUAAGCUCCUUGUUUAAGAGGGAGCUAGGCAGGACUGUGAAUGCAAGCGAGUGCGUAGCUCGAGGAUGUGCGCUUCAGUGUGCAAUGCUCAGUCCAAUUUUUCGAGUGAGAGACUAUGAGGUUCAGGAUUCUUUCCCUUUCUCAAUUGGCUUUUCAUCUGAUAAAGGUCCCAUAAACACACCAUCAAAUGAAAUGCUCUUUCCUAAAGGCCAAGUCUUUCCAAGUUUGAAGGUUCUUACUCUACGUAGAGAAAAGACGUUUCAUUUGGAAGCCUUUUACGCAGACCAUAACGAAAUAUCGCCAGAUUCACCAAGUCAGAUAGGCAGCUUUACGAUUGGUCCUUUUCAAAGUUCCCAAGGAGAAGCAGCGCGUGUCAAAGUAAGAGUUCAGCUAAAUCUCCACGGGAUUGUCACCAUCGAUUCAGCUUCUCUAAUAGAGGAUCCUAAGGAGAAUACUACCUCUGAAGAGACAGUAUCCGAAAAUAACCAUCAAUCUCCAGACCCUUCGUCAGGUUCUACUGUUAAUGAUCAUAAGGGUGUCAAAAGAAUGAAAAUUUCAGUUGUUGAGAACGUCUCUGGUGCAUUGACAAAGAAUGAGUUAUCGGAAGCCAAACAGAGAGAGAACUCUUUGGUGGUGCAAGAUCUGAAGAUGGAAUCGACUAAGGAUAAGAAAAAUGCUCUUGAAUCCUUUGUUUAUGAGAUGCGUGAUAAGAUGUUAAAUACAUAUCGAAGCACUGCAACCGAGUCAGAAAGGGAAUGCAUCGCCAGAAAUCUUCAAGAAACAGAGGAAUGGCUAUACGAAGAUGGUGAUGAUGAAACUGAAAAUGCGUACAUCGAGAAGCUGAAUGAUAUCAAAAAGCUCAUUGAUCCUAUUGAAAAGCGGUUUAAAGAUGGAGAAGAGAGAGUACAAGCAUCAAAAGAUCUUGCGAAAACUAUAGCAGAUAAUCGAAGGGCUGCAGAUUCUCUUCCUCCUCCAAGAAAGAACGCGGUUCUUGAUGAAUGUAACAAAGCGGAGAGGUGGCUCCACGAGAGAACCACGGAACAAGGAUCAUAUAGCCAUCCGGAGCUACAAUCUGGUGAAAUCAGGAAGAAGGCCGAUGCUCUUAACGCGACGUGCAAGUACAUUGGGAAGUCAACCCCUCCUCCCACGAAAUCGGAACAUAAUGGAUCCCAUGGACGUAGAAAUUCCGAUGAUAUGGAGCUUGAUUGAUUUUUCUCUUUAAUCUAAAUUUUGUUAUCUUUAUUAUUCUAAAUGAGGAUGUGAAAAGAAAAAAAAGAAUAAGGCUAAAGUAUACAGUGUAUUUCUGACAUUUUAAACAAUUGUUUUCAUUGCUUUUGUCAACAAUUUGAAACGAUUAUUCGAGG